UGAGCCCGCAAAGCCGGACAGCAGUAAAUCUUCGUCUCUUUGUGCAACACGUUGUCCAACAUAGCUGGCAAAAAUGUUAACCUAUGAUGAUAUUUUAAAGGACAUCGGAGAGUUUGGAAGAUACCAGAGGUGGAUUAUCCUGCUCUUGUCUUUAAGUGGGGUAACAUUUUCGUUCCUGACUGUUGCCUUUAUUUUUCUGGGAGUGACACCAGACCACUGGUGCAGGGGUCCCCCUGGCUUACUGGUGCUGGGACAAAGGUGUGGAUGGUCUCCGGAACAGGAGAAGAAUUAUACCUUGCCUCUGGAGAGAUCAGGCAGCCCCUCACACAGUCGCUGUGAAAGCUAUGAGAUAGACUGGAAUGCGACUUUUCUCAGCUGUGAAGAUCCUGUGUCAUCAAUCAGCAAUGAAUCUGGAGAUUUGCUUCGCACACCUUGUCAAAACGGUUGGUCUUUUGAUGGUUCACGAACAACAAUUGUCAGCGAGUAUGAACUUGUAUGUGACGAUGCCUGGAAGGUGGAUAUGUCUCAAACAUGUAUUGAAAUCGGCUUUUUCCUUGGAGCGCUGAUCGCAGGCUAUUCUGCAGAUAGGUUUGGCCGAAAGCUUUGCUUAUUGGCCUGUCUGGCUGGAACGGGAGUUUCUGGGAUUGCUGUUGCUGUUGCACCAACUUACCCAGUGUUUGUGAUUUUUCGAAUCCUUCAAGGCUUAUUUGGAAGAGGGAUAUGCUUGACCAAUGCUGUGAUUGCCACAGAAUUGGUUGGACCGAGAUACAGGAGAGUCGCUAUAGUUGUAACACAAGCAGCUUUCUCAUCGGGGAUAAUGAUACUUCCUGGUUUGGCCUAUCUAAUUAGAUCCUGGAAAGGAAUCCAAAUGGCCAUUACCAUUCCAAACUUUGUUCUGCUGCUUUACUGCUGCUUAAUCCCAGAAUCUCCUCGGUGGUUGUUGACACGCAUGCGGAUCAAAGAAGCAUUGAAGAUUGCCCAGAACAUUGCAGAACAGAAUGGCAAGAGUCUCCCAUCGAGUUACAAAGAGAUGGUAAGAGGAGAGAAUAGUUCAGAAGAAAUAAAGACUCCUUCCCUACUGGAUCUGUUCAGAACACCACAAAUGAGAAAGCGAACACUUAUUUUAAUGUACUCAUGGUUCACAAACAGUUUGGUGUACCUUGGGCUUAUCUUGCGUUUAGGAAUCCAAGGAGGUGACAGUUACACAGACCUCUUUGUUGUGGGUGCAGUGGAACUUUUAGCAACGAUUCUUGGCAUUCUGAUGGUCGAUCGUUUUGGACGGCGCAGACCCUCGUUGAUCUCCAACAUACUGGCAGGAACCUUGUGUCUAUUGGCGGCAUGUAUUUCACUCGAUAUGCACUGGCUCAAAAGUGCCGUUGCCACAUUGGGCAGAUGUGGGACAACUAUGUCACUCAGUAUCCUCUUCCUUGUGACCAAUGAGCUACAACCCACAUCAAUAAGGAAUUUCGGUGUUUCGGUUUGUUCAUCCCUGAGUGCCAUCGGUGGGAUUGCUGCACCGUUUGUGCUCUUCAAAUCGGCCAUCCUUUGGAGCGAACUACCUCUGGUUAUUUUUGGUGCUCUAUCUCUGGUAGCUGGUGGUCUGAUGCAGCUGUUACCUGAAACAAAGGGCACGAGACUACUGCAAACGGUCGACGAUGUGGAAAAUAUUAUGCGGCUUUAUGACCAAGAUGAAUACAAAGAGAUGAUCAACCUCAGCAUUUCCACCUAGAGAAUGGAAAGAAAACUAAUAGAGGAAGAAAAAUCCCUUGUUAUUGAAUAUCAAAUCAAAAUUCAAUAAAUCCUUACUUGUCAGUUACAGUGCAAAUAAUUAUCUUCAUUGUGCUGGCCGAGUUUUGUGCAAAAGAUUGAAUUGAACUGGCAAAAGCAUCUAUUUCUUAAUAAAUCAAUUGGAUGCCUA